UUCUCCGUCCCUUCCUCGGUCGCGCCAACGACAACUUCUGAGGUUUCUCGAUGAUCUAAUUCGUGUUAUUUGUCCGUAAAGCUUGGAUCUUUCCCUUUUUUUUUUCCUCUUGAUUCAAAUCUCCAUUUUCGAUUCCAGUGUCCUGUUUCUCGUACGGAGAACUCAGGAAUUCUCCGGGGAAAUUGCAGAAGUUCUGUUCUGGUGAGUUCGUCGUUUCUUCCUUUCUUUUCUCCCGCCUCGAUUCGGGUAAUUCUCUUCUGGGCAGUUUCGAAUUUCCUUUCAUGGAUCAUGAGAUUUGAUCUAUGUGACGCGGGUUCGAUUGAAGGCUGCGUUUUUAUGCUAAUUCAGACCGGAGACUUUGAUGAUCCUGAGUCCUGAUCUCCGUAAAUCUGAUCUGGGUAUGCUUAAUCACCCUCAUUGUCGGUGUCGGAGCCUCGAUUCGAUUGUAGAAUGAAUAAUUAUCCAUUUGGGUCGACUAGCUCUAAGGCAUUCCAUGCAUACCCAAGUAGUGAUUUCGAUUUAGAGUCGGGGGCUUUGAGGAGAUCCAGAAAGUCGAAGAAUUCACUCGUCAAAAUGAUCAAAUCCCUAGGAAAUCGUCUUCACUACUACUUCAAGCUGCAUCCAGUCGUCGUUUUCAUCAUUCUACUCUCGUUUGGGAUCACAGCCCUCAUAUUUCUGUCAGUAUACGAGAACAAUUACCGGUCAAUGGGCAAUUACAGGAAGCUAGAUUUGGAUUCUGAUGGCUACCCAUUUGCCAAUCUGAGAAACCUCGUGAUGGUUGCUGGGCAUUCCGUCUAUACGAGCAGCAGUUGCGGUAAAGUAGAUAAGGAGGAUUCAUGGUUCUUGGAAUCGUAUCAGAGGAAUCCGGGUCAGGCUGCUACAUUUGUGACUCAUAUCCAAGAGGGGGUCGAAUCUGCGGCUAAAGACGAUGAGUCUCUUCUUCUUUUCAGCGGUGGAGAGACUCGGAAAGAGGCUGGCCCUCGCAGCGAGGCUCAGAGUUAUUGGGCUGUUGCUGAAUCCAAAGGAUGGUUUGGCAGGGAUGAGGUGAGAUCACGGGCAUUGACUGAAGAACACGCCAGAGAUAGUUUCGAGAAUCUUCUUUUCAGUGUUUGCAGAUUCAGAGAGCUUACAGGCUCAUAUCCUCAUAACAUAACAGUUGUGAGUUAUGAUUUUAAGGAGGAAAGGUUUGCGAAUUUGCACCGUUCAGCAAUCGGGUUUCCAGAUACGAGAUUUUUUUACUCGGGCACCCCAUCAUCCCCGACAUCCAAAGACGCUGCUUUGAAGGGCGAGGCUAUGGUUAGAGCUCAGUUUCAAGAAGACCCGUAUGGAUGUAUAGGUUCACUUUCGCGUAAGAAGUUGAAGCGUGAUCCGUUCCACAGGACAAUACCUUACCCGAAAGGUUGCCCUGAAAUCGAAGGGCUGUUCAGUAAUCAGAUAAGAUCCUUGGAUAAUCAAACAUCAACUUGAAGCAAAUCAAGAACACUGAUGAUAUGAUGUAUAAGUCAAUAGAAAGAGGGAUAGACUUUGAUAGCAUCAUAUCAUCAACCGUCAAAACUGCUUUAAGGAAGAAGAUUCAUGGAACCUAAUAAGACAAUUCAAGGCCAGUUUCAACUAUUGGUGGUUCCGAGCUUGACUGCUGCUCAGUUUCAAGAAGACUCAAAGAUUUGGAGGUACUUCCAUGGGGUUUCCACAGGGAAAAAGACUACUCUUCCUGUCACUGUUUUAACUGCAGAGACCCAACUGCGUCAACGGUCUGAAACAGACAAACCCUUUUGGAACAUUACCACCACCAAUCACGUUUGUAUAUCCUGAAUCUGAAAAGAGAGAGAACUGUUGUCUAAAUUCAAUUUUUAUUCCAUAGAAACAAGACACUAUAUCAUCA